AUGACAGAAGACCGCCAACUCCUCAACGAAGCCGAAGAAGAGAGGAGCAGGAGCAUUAACGGGAGGAAGAAGAAGAAGAAAGAAGAAAAAGACUAUUUGAAGAGGAAGCAGAAGAAGACCGAAAGGCACACCGACGACAGUGAUCAUGAAUUUCAGCCAACCACAGACCAAGUCAUCAACGAAGAAGAAGAAGAAGGUCCAUAG